CGAUAAAUCAUAUCGUUGGAAAGAAUCUCCCGUUUGAAGCACCAUGCGAUGGUUGGCCUAGUGGGAUGUGAUAGGUCGGUAUGGUGUUUACACCGACGUGACUUCCUGUGCCGUCACUCCUACAACAAUUUGCAAGAUUCGCCUUCCACCUGUCUGCCUUUUGCGCGAGCUGAAACCUGGCAUCUGUAUCAAGCUCACCGUCGCUCUCAGUUUGAACAUCGCCCUAUUAACGCCCCGUCGCCUUCAGGCUGUUGCCUCACAUGUCGCAGUCACCUGCAGAAAGAGCGAUCGAAGAAGAUGGCAAGACAGAAGCGCCACUCACAAUGGCAGCGUCCGUCAUUCUGACGCAUUUACCACGCGAUGCAUCGAAAGCUCUCGAGAUAGCAGGUAGUUUGCGCGUAGAAAAGAUUACAGUGCGUCUCCAGCCUAUCGGCUCAGCACCACAUCUGAACCAGAGAGUCUUCAAACUAUCCACAAACCAACGUUUCGAAACCAUCAUGCGAUUUCUACGCAAAAGACUAGGUGUGAAGGAGCACGAGAGCGUAUUCUGCUAUGUUGGCAGCGUCUUUUCGCCAGCGCUUGAUGAGGGUGUGGGGAAUCUUUGGACGUGUUUCAAACAGAACGAGGAGCUUGUUGUAGGCUAUGCAAUGUCACCAGCUUUUGGGUAACCUUUCAAUUCGAUCUAAUGCUUGCCUGCGCGAUCGCCGCGGCACAAACCCCCAUCCUAUCCUGACACCAAGCACCAAAAUCCAAAACAAGUCGCUACUGACGCAGCAGGGGUAUGUGGAAAUACAGCAAACCAAUCACCAACAACGAAAAUGAGGCUCUACUCUUUCUCGUUCACCG